UGUUCAAGAAAAUGAUGUAGAAUGCAUCGGCCCUUCAAAAGGUAAAGAACAAGAUCCCAAAACCCAUUUUGCAACGGGAACAUCUUUAAAGGUGAUAUAUAAAAGAAAGCAUAGUGUCAGUAGCAACUUGGAUGAAGAGCUUGAUGGUCUAAGAAGCGGAAUGGAGUCAAUUGCUUCUACAACUUGGAAGACCGGUCCUCGUUUUUACACAGGAGUGAUAUUUGAGGAGCUUUCAAAAGUUGAAGGGCUCAAUGAGGACGCGAAGCUUGUAGCCUACGACUAUCUUACCGAGGACGCGGCUCGAGGAAGGAACUUCAUUGGGUUACCAAUUCAUCGGAGGAAAAGGUGGUUGGAGAUUAAGCUUGAAUGGGCAUCAUACAAUCUUGGUAUCAGUACUAGAAGGUUAAUGAAAAAUAAAAGCCCAAGAUCUUAUUUCUCAACAAAAGCCCAAGGAGUUAAUGAAGAGUAA